AUGACCGGAGCAGCAACAGCAGCAGAAAAUUCUGCCACACAAUUAGAAUUUUACAGAAAAGCCUUAAAUUUCAACGUUAUUGGGAGGUACGAUCCCAAAAUAAAGCAACUACUUUUCCACACACCACAUGCGUCACUGUAUAAAUGGGACUUCAAGAAGGACGAAUGGAAUAAACUAGAAUACCAAGGUGUUUUAGCCAUAUAUUUGAGAGACGUCUCGCAAAAUACGAACCUUUUGCCCGUUUCUCCACAAGAAGUAGAUAUUUUUGAUUCGCAAAAUGGUAGUAAUAACAUUCAAACAAACAAUGGCGCCGAAAAUAACAACAGGAAUAGCAAUGGAAAUGGGAACGGUUGUAAAAAUAAUGAUUCGUUAACCUAUAACUGUGGUAAAACCUUAAGCGGAAAGGACAUAUACAAUUACGGAUUGAUCAUAUUAAACCGAAUCAACCCUGACAAUUUUUCCAUGGGAAUUGUUCCCAAUAGUGUCGUAAAUAAGAGGAAAGUAUUCAAUGCUGAAGAGGAUGCACAUAAUCCACUAGAGUGCAUGGGGGUGGAAGUGAAAGACGAAUUGGUCAUUAUCAAGAACUUGAAACAUGAGGUCUAUGGUAUAUGGAUUCAUACAGUCAAUGAUAGACAAAAUAUCUACGAACUAAUAAAAUAUCUUCUAGAAAAUGAGCCAAAAGAUUCUUUUGCUUGA